AUGUCUCCAGAUCGAGUAGCUGAAGAACUAGAUCGAGGUAUCAACAAUGGAGAAAUUGAUUGUUCCUUCAAUUUGCCUUCUAAUACAGUCUCAUCAUCUCAAGGUAUUGACUAUAACCAUCAUCUGUUUCUUACUCCUACUGAUGUGAGUGGUGUUAGCCUUAUUUCUUUUCAAUUGCUUGGCAUUGAGAAUUACACAUUGUGGAGUCGAUCUAUUACACUAGCUCUAUUGGGAAGAAAUAAGAUAGGAUUGGUGGACGGGUCCUGCAGGAAGGAAGUUUAUGUAUCUAAGAGUCUCCUUAGUGGUGUUGCUUUUGCUUCGAGUGCUUUGCAAGUUUGGAAUGACUUGAAAAAGAGAUUUGAUAGAGUAGAUGGCUCUAGAACAUAUAGUCUUCACAAAGACAUUGCAACAUUGCAACAAUGUACUAAUUCAGUUUCUGAGUAUUAUACAAGACUUAAAACUUUAUGGGAUGAGUCUGAACUUUUAGUGCCUGCACCUUGUUGCAAUUGUGAUAAAUCAAAAGGAUUUGUAGCUCACAUGAAUAGGCAGAAACUGUAUCAGUUUUUGAUGGAGUUAAAUGAGUCCUAUCAACAGGCCAGAAGUCAUAGCAAGAAGUAUUGCUACAAGAUUAUAGGGUAUCCACCUGACUUCAAGUCAAAAAGAAAGCCACAAGGUAUUGCAUCAGAUGGCAAUCCUGAUCAGGUUCACUUCUCCUAUGGUAUGAAUACUAAUGUGCAGGUACUAGGAUGGGGGAGAAAACCUGAUAGCCCUCAGAGUGAUCAUGGUGUACCAGGUCCUUCCAGUUCUUCUAAGUUGGUGAGUCAAGCUGAACUGGAGCACAAGACAGACAUUGCCUCAUUAGAUUGUAAUGCUACACCUGCUGCUGCUCAUACUGCAGGUAAAUCAUUACAUGUUCUUGGUAUUAACAGAGUGUGGAUUGUAGAUACUGGUGCUACCAAUCAUAUGGUAUCUGAUUUAGAUAUGUUUAUCAAAGGCACUGUUUCAAAAUUAGAGGUUCCUAAGGUGGUGUACUUACCUAAUGGAGAUAGUACUCAAGUGACACAUGAGGCUCAUCUUUACAGUGGAAAGGUAAAGCAAAUUGGUGAAGAAACAGGUUGUCUGUAUACUCAAAAGCAUGUCAGUAAUCAAAGGGAUAUAGCUUUAAAUGUGUCUCAAGUUUCUACAGAUAUGGAGUUGUGGCAUCAAAGGCUAGGACAUGUCUCUUCUGGUGUACUUGUUAGAAUAGGUGUUAUGUUUCGGGAGGACAUGUUUCCUUUUUCAUAUGACAAAAACUCUGGAAGACACCAGUUAUUCACAGAUAUAUUACAAGGAGGUUCAGAUGUAAAUUUUCAAAAGUUGUCUCAGCCAGCUUAUGUAUCCUAUAAUCCUGAGCAUGAAGGUCAUGUUCUUGGCCUUGCAAGUCAGGAGCUUGAACAACUUGGAGAUUAA